UCACUCUCUUAAGUGGUCAAAUUAACCUCCAUUCCUUUCCUAUUCAGCUUGUAAAUCUGUAGGCAAGAAAUAAUCUGCAGGCAAGACUUUGCUGAGAUGGGGAAUUUUACGAGAUGCGCAGAACAGUCGCUACCAUUAGCGGAAUGGACAAGCCAUCACAUCAUAUGCUGUUCUUUUUUUUAAAGGACAGUCCUCCAUCCCUGGAACUUAAACAGUGUAGCUUUAAGUGAAUUCAUCGAUGGGAUCUCACUUAAUCACACGCAAUCUUUCCAGCUUUAAAUAGAAUUUCCUGUGACAACAAGAAACUAUACUUUGAAUAGGCCUAUAGCCUACUGAUGGAUAUCAUUUUGAAAACACAUCCUAUCUUUGUGUUCGUAACAUAAACGGCAUAUAAAUUGAAUUUAGAGACGCUUACAGAUGCUAAUAUAGUUCAGUGCUCGCCUUUUUUAUGCGCCAACUGUAUUGUGAAGUUAAAGGGUUUGGGCUACAUUUCGGCAUUUAGCCUACUUAACAUGUAGCAAAAUUCUGCACUUUACCAUGGGAAAUGAAAGUUUAUAUAAUUAUUCUUUUUGGUUAUUCCCCUGUGUAUCAAUAUUUAGUCUAAUAGCCCGGGAAGGUUGACUUCAGGCGGAAUCUUAGUAUACUAUAACGAAAGAUGUUUUGCAAAGGUUUCAAAAUAACUUUGAGCCUGUUACAAACUACGAAUAACACCGGUGAAACUAAUCAUGAAAUGGUCUACCACAGAAAACAAGAUUUUCGUAUGUGGGUCAGGAUUGACUUGUUAUGGUAUUGAUCAGUUACAAUUUUCAGCUGUUGUUAGUUACAUCUUUUUUCAUAGUUUCUCAUAUUAAAUCAGAUGAAGUAAAAAACCUUAAUAUGAACAUGCCAAAUCUCGCGGGGGUUUUUGGGGAAAUAUUACGUAGUUUGAGAACUCUAUAUUACAGUAACUACACUCUCAAAAAUGAUGUUUUAAUACGCUUUGUGUGUUACUCCUUGUGUGUUACUUUCAACUCAUUUUGUGUCAUAGUUCCUAAUGUUGUGUUGCAAAUAUACAAUUUAUGUCUUACAAAGGGAGACUUUUUGACACAGAUUGUGUUGAGGGUAACACAAAAUGUUUUAUCCUUAAAUAGACUUGGAGGUGUGUUAAAAAUGACGUCAUGUGUUUUAAAAAUGUAUUUUAACAAAUCUGUAUAGAGGGUGUAAUGUUGCCUUUUCAUGUAACAGUGCAAAAAAAGUGGCAGGCCUUUAUAAUGUGAUGUCCCGGCAUGAACACCAAGUAGAACCAUCAUUAGACUUUUGGGGGGCCUUAGGAAAAAAUAAUUUGGGGGUCCCCUCCAAACCAUUGGUACCUUCUGAUUCUUUUGCUUGGAAACCAGUGCUGCUGCUGGGUCCCUGGGCAAGACGGUGGGGCCCUGGGCGAGAAGGUGGUGCCCCAGGCGCAGUGCCUGAUCUGCCUAGUGGGAGGGAUGGCUCUGCCACCAAGUGUGUCCAUAUUUGGCACGUCUUCUGUCAAAAAACCCGGUGGAAAAGUCUGUUGUUUUUGUGCCAAUGACAUCACACAUGUUUUAAUUGUUGUGUGUGGCCUUUGUGGACGUUGUCCACUCGUUUCAAUUUAUAGGUAAUUACAAGCUGCCUACUCUAGUGUAUGUUCGAAUGGGUAAUGUAAUUGAACGCCCGGGAACCAGCUUGCAGCAUAAAGGAAUAUGCUCGUAAAUGAAUCUCCUUCUUCCGAAGACAUCAUUCGCUAUCGUUUCCAUCCAACAAUUAGUAUUAAACCCGGAAUUUGAGGAGGGGUAGGGGCACGUACCAGUGAUUACCAGUGGACUACCGCCUCAAAGCGUGGACGCAUUAUCGAGAUUAUCGACGGAACACCGUGGCGUUUGCAAGUGCGCGGCUCCACAAAUCUUCCUCGUGUAACCGGCUUUUCCCUUAUCGCGGAAGAAAAGCUUGGAAUCCUGCGGUGUAAAACAGACUCUGGUACAGCUGUCGUGCAGUUGAUACGGGAGACAAUGUGUUUAUCUUUGCUGGUUUUACAUAAAUUAUAACGUUGAUAGCCUGUCCACAACAAAUGGAUAGCACAUUUUCGAUCAAUCAAUUUUUUUCCCUAGAAGGUGAAGUACACGUACGUUUCGUAAUCCGGACGUUUUCACAAGCUGUCUCCCUUCCCUCACUGUAAAACAGAAGUGUCCCCGAUAAAAGGAAGCGAGGUCUAGCGCUGGUGUGUGAUCACUCCUGUCCGUUAAAACGCUUAAUGGCAACCAGGGCGCAAGACUUUCUUCUGACGAAUGAGAAACCCCUGUGCCUUCUACCUUUUUAUUAUUUUUACCAAGAGGAUGCAGAGUUGGCGCAGUUUCAUAAGAAGUGCCUCGCAGGCUUUUGACCCAAUUAACAUCUGGACACAAGAGGAAUCCCCUGCUGCUCUAUUGGAUUCCUCCUGUCCACCCUGCAAAGACAAUGGGGACGACGCCCACAGGAUCGCCCCGUCUCCGGUGGUCCACGUGCGGGGGCUCUGUGAGUCUGUGGUGGAGGCUGACCUGGUGGAGGCUCUGGAGAAAUUUGGGACUAUCUGCUACGUGAUGAUGAUGCCCUUCAAGCGGCAGGCGCUGGUGGAGUUUGAGGGGGUGGAGAGCGCGGAUAAGUGCGUGGCGUGCGGGGCCAGCGAGGCCGUCUACAUCGCCGGGCAACAGGCCUUCUUCAACUACUCCACCAGCAAGAGGAUCACGCGCCCCACCAACGCCGACAACCCCAACAGCGGGAACAAAGUGCUGCUGCUGUCCAUCCAGAACCCACUGUACCCCAUCACUACGGAUGUAUUGUACACGGUGUGCAACCCGAUCGGUAACGUGCUGCGAAUCGUCAUAUUCAAGAGGAACGGGAUCCAGGCCAUGGUGGAGUUUGAAUCUGUCCAGAGUGCCCAGAAAGCAAAAGCAGCUCUCAACGGAGCAGAUAUUUAUGCCGGGUGCUGCACACUGAAAAUUGAAUAUGCCCGGCCGACACGCCUGAAUGUAAUAAGGAAUGAUAACGACAGCUGGGACUACACAAAGCCAUACCUGGUCAGACGAGGCGUUUCAGAACGUGGUAAGGGGAGACACAGGCAGGCUAUCCUGGGAGAGCACCCGUCCUCUUACAGCGACAAUGGCUACGGUACACACUGCCCCCUGCUGCCCCUCCCCAGCAACAACAGGUACAAGGUGAGCUCGCAGGACGUCCCAGACGUGGUGGCGUACCCGCUGCCCCAGUCCUCCGCCUACAUGCCCCAAUCCUCCAGCUCCGUCGCCAUGGUGAGCGGCCUGCACCCUGCCAAUAUGAACUGCACCAGGAUCUUCAACCUCUUCUGUCUCUAUGGCAACAUUGAGAAGGUGAAGUUCAUGAAGAGCGUUCCGGGCACGGCGCUGGUGGAGAUGGGCGAGGAGUACGCCGUCGACCGCGCCAUCACACACCUCAACAGCAUAAAGCUGUUUGGCAAGAGGCUCAACGUUUGCGUAUCCAAGCAACACGCCGUCAUCCCCAGUCAGGUGUUUGAGCUGGAGGACGGCACCAGCAGCUACAAAGACUUCGCCAUGACCCGAAACAACCGCUUCACCAGCGCGGGGCAGGCCUCCAAAAACAUCAUCCAGCCGCCGUCCUGCGUGCUGCACUUCUACAACGUCCCGCCCUGCGUCACCCAGGAGGAGCUGCUGAGGCUUUGUACAGACCACGAUGUUCCUGGUUUUGUCAAGUUCAAGGUGUUUGAUGCGAAACCCUCCAGUAAAACCAUCUCGGGGCUGCUAGAGUUUGACACCAAGACGCAUGCUGUGGAGGUGCUGACGGUGCUGAACCACUACCAGAUCCGAAUACCAAAUGGCUCCAAUCCCUACACCCUGAAGCUGUGCUUCUCCACCUCCUCACACCUGUGAGAGCCUGUGUGGGCGGGGCAGGCCAGGUGGGGCGCCAGCAGGUGUGGUCAGGAGGGGCUAGCAGAGGGGCAGGAGUGGAGCUGCACUGAAGAGGAAGAGGAGGAGGAGGAGCGCAGGAUGAAGAUUCCUUCCUCAUCACAACCCAAUGCGACACACCCUGCGACAAGAGGACACACACACCGCUAAUACACAAGAGCAAAACACAGAUGCUUUUAUUGUAUUCAGUUUCCAUCUGAAUGCACACACACACACACACACACACACACACAUAUACACACACACAGGCAAACACACACAUACACACAUGGACACACAAACACACACACACACACACACAGACACACAUACGUAAACAUACAGGUACACACCCGCAGCCACGCACGCACGUGCACACACACACACACACACACACACACAUCCACCAGGAUUUGUCUUUGGCUUUUAAAAAUAAUGUACCUGUUUGGCCUGUCUGACGGUUGCCCAUGGUUACAUAUAUAAGUGAUGUCACAGGCCUGUACUGAGCUGUGUAGCGCUAACCAAACACACCGAUCUGUGUAGCGUAGCUGAAUUCACUGGGUACAACAGCCUGGCCAACCUCUCUAAAGAUCAACGAACAAAGUGUUUAUAGCCUUGUAAAAUUUAGACCACAUUGUAAUAUAUAAAUGUGUAUAGUAUUUGAAAUUGGGUUUGGGUGGGCUGGGCUAGGACUGCUGACAUAUGAUCUAAGACCUGGUGUCUGAGAGGAGAGCGUAGUUUUACUGUUGGGAGGGGGCAUUUUGAGUUUUAGGCUCUGUUGUUGUAUAGUGUUUACACAUGAAGGUCCAGGCUUUGUGUUGAUGUCAUUGUACCCCUGUGCACACGGCCAUGUCUGGGGUUUUAGCUGUCAGCAUGACGGUCAUUAAACGUUUUACCGGUU